AUGGGGGCUUGGCCUGUCUACACCACACCGCCUCCCCACCCCGGGGCUGGGAGCCCGUUACCACAGACAAGACCAAACCAGCCCCUGCAAUUAUCAGAUGCUCUGCGGCUUCGGCGAGGGGGAGCGCUGUGGAAACGGUCAGGGAAGUUUCGGAGGCCGGCGACUAACCCGACACUUUUUCAACCCCUGUGCAGCCGGAAGCGCCGACGGCUUGCCUUUCGAUGCGGGCAAGGGUCCGGGGCCGCGAGGCUCGGUGUGCCAGGGGUAGAAUGUGGAAAGCGCGGGUCCCUCGCGGCUGAGGGGAACUGCCUGAACGCGCCGGGGGCUGAGGGAAAGAAGCGAAAUGACAGAUACCCUCUCCUCCGAUCGCUCCAGAUCGCGGCCGCCAUCGCCCGGCCUGCAAAACAACCGAGGGAGGGGGCCGGGCCGAGUCACCCUCGCCUCCUAGUUCUCUCGGGCGGCCUGGGACAAUCGGCCGCUCGUGGGAAGAAGACGACCCGGGCAACCAUACUUGGACUAUCAUCUACCGAGGAUGAGGGCGAGGACCCCUGGUACCACAAAGCUUGCAAGUGCGAUUGCCAAGGUAGCGCCAAUGCUCUGUGGUCUGCGGGAGCCACCUCCUUAGACUGCAUACCAGAAUGCCCGUAUCAUAAACCCCUGGGUUUCGAAUCAGGAGAGGUUACACCAGACCAGAUCACCUGCUCCAACCCAGAGCAGUACGUUGGCUGGUAUUCCUCCUGGACUGCAAACAAGGCCCGGCUCAACAGUCAAGGCUUUGGGUGUGCCUGGCUCUCCAAGUUCCAGGACAGCAGCCAGUGGUUACAAAUCGAUCUGAAGGAGAUCAAGGUGAUUUCGGGGAUCCUCACCCAGGGGCGCUGUGACAUCGAUGAGUGGAUGACCAAGUACAGUGUGCAGUACAGGACCGAUGAGCGCCUGAACUGGAUUUAUUAUAAAGACCAGACGGGAAACAACCGGGUCUUCUAUGGAAAUUCAGACCGCACCUCCACAGUCCAGAACCUGUUGCGGCCUCCCAUCAUUUCCCGCUUCAUCCGACUGAUCCCGCUGGGCUGGCACGUUCGCAUCGCCAUCCGGAUGGAGCUGCUGGAGUGCGUCAGCAAGUGUGCCUAACGCCUGCCUCAGCUCAGCACCUGCCAGGGGGUGGCGGGCCCAAGGCCGGCCUGGGGAGGACACCCUGACACACCACUGUGA